AUACAAUGACAUUGACAAAAUUUAUAUUUCAAUUUAUGAUUUUUUCAUGUUUCUUUGCUUCCUCCAAAUAUAUUAAGCAGUUUAAGUGCAAUGUGGUGCCAUAAUUAUUUUUUCCGUAAUAUGGGCUUACCAUGUAGUAAAAGAAAAAAUACACAAAUCACUGAUCAAGAUAGAACUAUUCUUAAGUUAAAACAGAAAAGAGACAUGUUACAAAAAUACCAAAAAAUGAUUAAAGCAUCAUUAGUUACUCAAAAUGAGAUAAAGCAACUGAUAGUCCAAGGUAACACAGAAAAGGUAAGAAUAUUAAUAAAAAAGAAGAUUUUUAAAGAGCAACUGAUAAACAAAAUUGACGGAUUACUAUAUAAUAUUGAACAAAUGGUGAAUGAUAUAGAAUAUGCCAGAAUUGAGGCAGAAGUAUUGGAUAGUUUGGUAGCUGCUAACGAAAUUCUCACAAGUAUUAAUGAAGUGUUUGAUAUUAACACUAUUGAAGAUAUAUUAAAUAAAACAAAGCAAGGAAUACAGACACAAAAUGAAAUUAAUAAGUUCAUUAGCAGACAUUUAAUAGAGGAAGAUGAAGAAGCUGUAGAAUUGGAAUUGGCAGAAAUAAUCGCUCAACAGAUGCCUGUAGUACCUGUAACAGAAAUUGAAACAGAUACAUCUGAAGAUAAAAUUCACAUUAAAAAGAAAAAAGAAAUAAAAGGAAAGUCUAUGAAUGCUGAUUAAAAGAAAUAUAUGUUUUACUGAAUCACACAUAUUACUUUUGUAUUUUAUGUACAAUAAGGUGA